GCAGAGGAUACCAUCAUGGAGAUUUCAUCAAAAGAAAAUACUCACUUUUUCUCAAACAACACAGUCUUGCCCGUGGACAGAUCUUCAUUCAAAUCUGAAUCAUCUUCAUCCAAGGAAAAACAGUCGUGUUGUGGAGGUAUAAAGAUAUUUCUUGGUGCAUUGUCUUUUGUUUAUUUUGCUAAAGCACUGUCAGGAAGCUAUCUAAAAAGUACUAUCACACAAAUAGAAAGAAGAUUUGACAUCCCUUCCUCUUUGGUUGGUGUUAUUGAUGGAAGUUUUGAAAUUGGGAACCUCCUAAUCAUAAUUCUAGUGAGCUACUUUGGAGCAAAGCUUCACAGGCCAAGAAUAAUUGGAGCAGGCUGCUUAAUUAUGUCAGCUGGAACAUUCCUAAUCGCUGUGCCCCAGUUCUUCAUGGGACGAUACCGGUACGAAAGAUUCCCUUCCACCAUCAAUUCAACUGUUAGCCCCUCUCCAUGUCUGCAGGAUAAAGGCCAAACUACACUCUCAACCUUGGAGAAAUCACAAGCAAAAAUAAAUGCAGGGUGUGAAAAGGAAGCAGGCUCUUCCAUGUGGAUCUAUGUUUUACUUGGGAAUCUUCUGCGUGGAAUAGGUGAAACCCCUAUCCAGCCCCUGGGAAUUGCAUACAUCGAUGAUUAUGCUGUUGAAGAGAAUGCUGCCUUAUAUAUUGGCUGUGUCCAGACAGUCGCUGUUAUAGGGCCAAUAUUUGGCUUUCUCCUGGGAUCCCUGUGUGCCAAGCUAUACGUUGACAUUGGCUUUGUAGAUCUGGACAGCGUCAGCAUCAGCCCCAAGGACGUGCAGUGGGUGGGAGCGUGGUGGCUGGGGUACCUGAUCGCUGGGGUGCUCAGUGUCCUGGCUGGCAUCCCCUUCUGGUUCCUGCCCAAGCACCUCCCAAAAGCUGAGGGCAGGAAGGACUCCAGCACCUCUUCUGAGCACUGCAAGUUCAUCACUGAGGAGAACAAGGACCAGUGCACAUCCGCUUGGCAGCAAGCAAAGCUUGCCGAGAUGGCAAAAGACUUCUUGCCAUCACUGAAGAACCUCUUUGGGAAUCCAGUUUACAUUCUGUAUUUGUGUGCAAGUAUCAUUCAGUUCAAUUCUUUAAUUGGCAUGGUGACAUAUAAGCCAAAGUAUAUUGAACAACAGUAUGGGCAGACAUCUUCAAAAACUAACUUUGUUAUAGGUCUUAUUAACAUUCCUGCUGUGGCCUUUGGCAUAUUCUCUGGAGGACUGAUCAUGAAAAAACUCGGAAUUGGUGUUUUAGGGGCUGCAAAACUUUCCUUGGGCUCAUCUUUCUUUGGCUACCUGCUGCUGCUCUCGCUGCUUGCCCUGGGCUGCGAGAACUCGGACGUGGCCGGGCUGACUGUGCCGUACCACGGAACCAGACCCACGACUGAUCCUGAGGCAGCCCUGUUUUCAGAGUGCAACUGGGGCUGCUCGUGUUCCAGGGACGAGUGGGACCCCAUCUGUGGGGAGGAUGGAGUCACCUACAUCUCGGCCUGCCUCGCCGGCUGCCGCGCGUCCCGCGGCGCUGGGAGCAGCACCGUAUUUUUUAACUGCAGCUGCAUUGGAACCUCUGAAUCUUCACAAAGCUCCUCAGCUGUGGUGGGACCAUGUCAAAAAGGAAAUGAGUGUCCCAAAAUGUUCCUGUAUUUUCUAGUAAUAUCAGUUAUCACUUCAUACACUUUGUCAGUAGGUGGCACACCUGGAUACAUACUGCUUCUAAGAUGCAUUAAACCCCACUUGAAAUCAUUUGCACUUGGUAUCUAUACUCUGGCAAUAAGAGUACUUGCGGGGAUUCCAGCCCCAGUGUAUUUCGGAGUAGCCAUAGAUACCACUUGCCUGAAAUGGGGAAGCAAAAGAUGUGGGGGAAGAGGAGCAUGCAGACUCUAUGACUCCAGUGCAUUCAGGUAUGUGUACCUGGGGCUGACUUUGGUCCUGGGCACGGUGUCAGUUCUCUUCAGCGUUGCUGUCCUUUGGGUUCUCCGGAAAAGGUCUUCUCCACAAGAUGAGACCCUCUCAGCCAACGGGGAGAGAGGCACCUGUGGGACAAAGAGCAGAAAAGAUAGUUUUGUCAAUAGUGACCAGUUGAUUCAGUCAACUUACUGGCCAGAAAAGGAGACCAGACUUUAGGAAAACUGAGAUCUCCACAGUGAUUGUACCCAGUGAGUGGUGUUCCAGGCAAAAAUCCAUCAUCAGUGAAGCAGUACCUUAGUAGCUAUGCUGAAAAUGUUCACCUCCUUGCAAUUUCCACUGUAAACCCCAAAAGCAAAGACCACCACUUUUUGGCACGUGAACAGCUCUGAAAGCACUGCUCACCAUUUUCCUGCUGAGUGAGGGGGCUGGUUUCCCAUGGCUGGGGAGGUGCAGUCGUGCCCUCCCCAUUUUGGAGCCCUCAGCUCCCUCCCUGCUCACAGAGCUGCUCCAGCCCUGCUGCCCUGGUUUCCUGCUGUGUGGGGCAGUGGGGAGGCUGCCUGCAGCUCCUGUGCCAGGGACCAGCCAAGGGCACUCCUCCUGGCCUGGCAGCCUGGGAGCAGAGGGACCUGGGCACAGCAGCGAGGCAAAGGCAGGAGAAAGGUGCUUUGCUGGAAGGAAAAAUCAGCCACAGGCUCAUGAAUUCCAUCCACAACUCUUAGGAUGUCAAGCGUUGUGGUUAGGAGUCCAUUUCCCAGUAGCUUUAUUCCAGCACAGCAAUCAACUAUAGAAAUUGUUACAGUCAAACCACAGGAGUACCAUCCAAAGGAAACUGGAAUGAAAAUAGAGCUUUUCUUAGAUUUCCAGCAGUUUCUUGCUUCUUGCUAGUACUCAGUGUACUAAAUAAUUCCAUGCACUUUAUGAUGUAAUAACAAAAUUAUACAAGAUACAUAUGAUUUAUAUUUUAAAAAGUUAUGACAAGACAGCUUGGGAAAAAUAAAAUUAUUU